AUGGCUCAGUACUGGGCGUCGCGUCUCUCGUAUCUCCUCGACGAAUCAUACGAGGAGGAGGAGCAAGCCAUGCCCAACCCGCACCCGCCUCUCGGGAAACUCCCCCGCCCCAGCAUGCUCCAAAUCCCUGUCUUCAACCCGCCUCCGCCUUCCCCCUCCCCGCUUCCGUACUUCUACCAGCCGCCGAAGCGCGUAGCGGCGCCGCAGCCCGCGCAGCCGCAGAAGAAGCAGCAGCGCCGGAGGCGGCACAGAGUAUGGGACGACCUCCCCACGCCGAUCGUGUACGAGAAGUACGAGCCGGUAGCGCCGGUAACGGCGGCGGCGGCUGCGGGUGAGAAGCGGGUCCGGUCGGACGCGUUCACGGAGAUUCCGCUGAGCGGUCGCGCUCGCGAGGAGCCGAAGGCAAAUCCGUCGAAACUCGAGCAGUCGCUGAUUGUUCGCGCAUCUGACGCGUCGCUCUCAACCUCCUCCUCCUCCUCCUCGUCUUCGGGAAGUUCCGACAUGCGCCGCUUCGCUAAUAGCAGCAGCUCCGAUAGUGGGCGCAGCGUGAGCAGCGCGAGCAGCGCAGGUAGCAGCGACCGCGGCGCAGUAUACAGUUUGGGCCGGAAGCAGCGGAGCCACAGGGACGGGUGCGUGUGCGUCGUCGAUACCUCUCUCCUCUGGUCCUCCCUCGUCUCUACACUCUUCCGCCCUUCUCUCCCCGCUCUCCCCGCGCCUUCCGCCGCAAACCACGCCGCACUUCCCGGACCAGCAGUCUACCCCGUUCUCCUUUCGCGACAGCCGUCCACCGCCGAAAGCUCUGGCUAUGAUCUCAAAUCGCCUGCGCCUCGGGUGCCUCGCACAGACGCUGCCGAGCCGCAGGAGGUUUCUCAUGGCAUGAGAACGAUCGCGGAGCUGAUGGGAUUAGAUUCGGAGAAGCUGCUGUGGGUGCUGGCGACGGUGCUCGGCGUCGUGUGGGCGAUCAGCCUACUCUACAGCGAGUGGAUUCAGUUUUGGUUACGGCCGCCCAGCUGCUCCACGUGGCCGGACGAGAGUGGUCAGGUGAGUAUUCAGGUGAAUGUUCAGGUGAAUAUUCUGGUGCUGGGCGUCGUGUGGGGCGGUCAGCCUGCUGCUCUACAGCGAGUGGAUUCAAUUCUGGCUUCGGCCGCCCAGCUGCUCUACGGUCAGUACAUCCCUCCCAAGGAAUACAAGACAAUUGCAGUCAUUAACAGUCCAAAGCUCCUCCCAAGCACCGCCCUGCACGCACAAUUCAUCACCGCUCGCCUCCGCAACGACCUCUACCUGCGCCGGGCCUUCCGAGCCUCCGUGCUCCGGUUCUCCCCGAGCCUCGUCGUCACGCUCGGGGACCUCGUCCAGUCUGGAGCUGACGCUACCUACCCUCUCUUCCGAGCAGAAGCGAGCCGCUACCACCACGUGUUUCAGACCCAUGACCCUUUUCUGGACCCACACACCUGGGAGAGGCGGCGGCGGCAGCAGAUGGAGCGAGAGAGAGGGAGGGAGAAGGAGAGGGAGGAUAGGGAGGAGAGGGAAAGGGAGAGGGGGAAGGAAUCAAAGAGUGGCCAAGGAGGGGCAAAUGAGGGGGGCCAACGAGGGGUUGCUUUGGGGAGGAGCGUUUGGGAGUGGGUGCAGGGAGGGCUGUGGUGGGGGAGGUGGCAACUGGGGGAGGGUGAGGGGGUGAAUGUGCACAUGCGGACGGACUUGGCUCAAGUGGCGGGAGAGAGGGACGUUGGGUACAGCAGCACACAGAGAAAGCAGCAUGAGUUGGCAGUGCGCUUUGAGCGGUAUGUGGGAGCGCUGAAUUUCCACGACAAGGUGGGGGCGGUGAGGGUGGUGGGGGUGAACGGGCUGGCCAUGGACGGGCACAGGCAGCGCAACAACAGCACAAAACAGCUGGAGGAGUUCCUGCAGAGCCUGCCAGAUCAUGGUGCCCAGGUGUCCUCACUCCCGCUCAUCCUCUUCUCCCACCUGCCGCUGCACUCCCCCACCGACCUCCCCUGUGGAUCCAACCCACAAGGCCAAGCAGUGGACUGGGACAAAGACGGGGAGGUUAGGUAUCAGGGUGCCAUAUCAAAAGAAGGGUCAAACCACCUGCUGCAGCUUCUCAGACCCGCUCUGGUGGUGUCAGGCCAUGCAGAGGCGACCUGCUGGCAGCGGCGGCAGGUGGAAGGUACGGCCAGAGGGAACAGCAGCUCGGGUGGCCGUGGCUCGUGGAACGUCAUUGAGCUGUCUCUCCCAACCUUCAACUUCAUCCACAGCACACACGCCAUCACCGACCCGCCUGCAUUCCUGCUCAUCACCGUUCCCCUCGACCACCACCACCCUCACGGAAGCGACAAGGAGCAGCAGGGGCAGCAGCAGAAGCCAACGCUAGGGGCAGCGUCAGUGCACGUACAGCUGUGUGUGCUUCCCACGCAGAUCCUCUUUCCCCCCUGGUAUUUCCUCCUCUCGCUGCUCUCCUGCCUAGCUUUCCUCCUGCUGCCCUCCCGAGGCGUCUCCUGGGCGUCCCUGGCAGCGCUGGCAGCACGUGUGGCAGCAGCGAGCAAAGAGGCGUGGACACUCCCCAAGCUGAAGGCAGAUGGGGAUUGGGAGGGCGAGCUGGAGCCCAUGUUUGACACGGAUGGCAACAUGGUGCUUGUAAGGAGGGCGACUCCCAGACUGCCUGACACCAUGCCUUCCUCCAUCUCCUCCGAUAGGAGACCCGGCGGGGCACAGCUAAGGGCCUCCCGGCAACAGGGGUCGCAUGAUUCGUUAAUGGACGCUGGUGGCAGUUCCGGAGUUCCUCGAAUCGGAUCAUUCACAGACGUCUCAAGAGACGGUGCUACAGCAUCCGGAGGUGGUGGUGGCGGUGAAUCAGGAGGCGAUGGGUUAAUGGCGACGAUUGCAAAGGGGGCGAACCUAACGCCCAAGAUUGCUAUACUUCGCUUGCUGCGGGCGAUAGGGCCGCUUACGCUACUGGUGGGCAGCCAGCUUGCUUUGUAUUUGGGGCUUCUCGCCAAGGACUGGAGCUAG